AUGGCCUCGCCGGAGGCGACGGAGACAUCACCGCCGUCCACGCCCACCACCAGCGCGUCCCCCUGCCCGACCCCGCGCCCGCUGGCAACCACACCGCCGACCAUGGGCGCCACGCUUCUCCGCGCGGCGCGCAGCGGCGACGAGCGGCGGCUCGUCAAGGCGCUCCUGGCCGACCCGGCGGCCCCAUACCUCGAGACCGCGGCCACAGCCGGAGGGAACACUCUCCUCCACGUGGCUGCCGCGGGCGGGCACGCGGACCUCGCGUCGCUCCUCCUCCGCCGCGCCCCGCGCCUCCUCGCGGCGCGCAACGCCGCGCUCGACACCCCGCUCCACCUCGCCGCGCGCGCGGGGGCGCACAAGGUCGUCGCGCUCCUCGUCACCUCCUCGUCCACGUCCUCGUCCUCCCCCGCGUGCUCCCUGCGCGCCCUGACCCGGGCCACGAACCGGCGCGGGGAGACGGCGCUGCACGACGCCGUGCGGGGCGGCCACGAGGCCGUGGCGCGCGCGCUGGCCGCCGCGGACCCGGGGCUCGUGGGGCUGUGCGGCGGCGCUGGGGAGUCGCCGUUUUACUUGGCGGCGGCGGCCGGGUCCCUGGGGAUGGUGCGCGUGCUCUUAAAGACAUAUAGGGACGCGGAGGAGGAGGAGGAGGUGCCCGGACUAGGUUCGAGCAUGGGUCCGGGCGGCCGUACCGUGAUGCACGCCGCUGUGCUCACGAGCAAUGAAAUGAUACGGGAAUUGCUGCAGUGGAACCAAGCUCUUGUGAAAGAAGUUGAUGACUCAGGCAGUACUCCUUUUCACUACAUUGCAUCUGUUGGAAAUAUUUCCGCAAUGAAGCUCUUAUUGCGUCGUGACAGUUCUCUAGCCUACAGCUCAGAUUCAAAUGGUUUAUUUCCUGUACAUAUUGCUGCUAAAAUGGGAUACGGACAAUUCAUCUACGAGCUCUGUAGAUUCUGCCCAGAUUGUGACGAAUUGCUUGACAGUAGAGGAAGAAAUUUCCUACAUAUUGCUAUUGAGCAUAAGAAAUGGAAAGUUGUUUGGUGUUUCUCUGGUACUGAAGAUCUUGGAAGGAUGGCGAAUGUCAUGGAUUCAGAAGGUAACACACCUCUGCAUCUUGCAGUCAAGAAUGCAGACCAGAUGAUAGUGAGCCUUCUUAUGGCGACAAAAGGUGUACUGCCAAAUACAGUGAACAACCAGGGCUUCACUGCCUUAGAUCUUGCUGUACUGGCAACUGACAAAGGCAUAAGUUAUACACUGAAUCCUCAGGUCAUCAUACUCCGCUGUUUGGCAUGGACUGGAGCUGCCCUUAGUCCUCGUCGCCUCGAUCAUUUCAUAGAUGAAUUUGGCGUUGGCAGAACUUCUGGAAACGAGCUCAAGAAAUUCACCAACAUUGCACAGAACUUAAUUGUUGGGUCUGUCCUUGUCUCAACGGUCACGUUUGCAGCAGUUUUCACUCUGCCUGGUGGCUACAUAUCGGAUGGGCAUCCACACGCCGGUGCACCAAUUCUGUCGCACAGGUAUACCUUCAAGGCGUUCGUGAUGGCAAACACACUCGCAUUUGUCGGCUCCACGUUGUCCACCAUCUGGCUCACCUAUGCUGGGUCAGAACACGUCCAUCCACUGCUUCGUGCAAUCUACAUGUUCCUCUCUGUAAUUUCGAUGGAGCAGGCAACGAGAAGUAUGGUUAUAGGAUUCGCAUUGGGCGCAUAUGUCGUCUUGAGCCCUGUCAGCGAGCGGAUUGCCAUUGUGGUCUGCAUGUCUACGUUCAUGACGCUCUUGCUUCGCAACCCUUCUAGCUGGCAGCUGUGGUUCCUGUUCAUGCCGAUUAAGAGGCGACUGGGAUGGAAAGGAGCUUUCAAGACCCACUUGCCUCCGGAGACAAGGAGCCGUCUUACAAUAGGUGUUGGCUCCAAUUUUGCUUGUCAAUUCCUUCGGAGGAUGCUUGAUUGUCAGACCCCACAAUCUAAGCUCCUUGCUGCUAGCCUCUAUGACAAAUUUGUCAUGCGCAAGGGAUUCCGCAAGAUGGCCAAGGUUGUGAAGAACCCGGUGCCAGCUACUAUCAGGUUUGUAUUAGACGGAGAAAUGCCGCCCUAUUUACUUAUGAAGGAUCUGAUUUUGCAAUAUGUUUGGCACCAUGAACUGUAUUGUUUGGCCUGUUCUCGUGCCAUUAUAGAAGGGGAAGAAACGUGGAAGGAAAAUAUAAACCUUUUAGACCACAUCACAACCCCCCAAGUGUUGGAUCUGCUCCUUGUGCACAGUGCAACACCGUUUGUGGCCUCUGCACAGUCAGGUGUUAUAUCCACUGUGAAGUAUCUACUUGAUCAUGGUGUUGGUCUAAUGAAAGCAGAUGUAAAAGGACACGUUGUUCUACACAAUGAUGUAUGUGCAGGCUUGUUUCUACCUUUAGACCACAUCACAACCCCAAAUGCUCGACUUGCUUCUUGUGCACAGUGA